ACCCGGCUUCCCGUUCAGAGCGAGCGCAGCCAGACGCGUGGAGUCCAGUCCGCAGUUUGCGGCUCUCCCCACGUUUCUCAAGUUUCACUUCGGAGCGUGCUCUGCCUCGUCCGCUUUGUGUUGUCAGGCAGAAAGACUCAGCAGGCGGGGUGGUGUGUGUCCUGAGAGCCAGGCACUCGGCACCGAGAAGACUUAAAAUAAAAAGCUGCGUGCUUCAUCCUCUUGUCCGUUUAGACGCGGUUACAACAAUGUCGGUGGGAGUGGAGUCUGGAUUCUCUAGCGAGGAGGUCUUAAACAGCCGCUUCCCGCUCCAUCGGGCGUGCAGGGAUGGAGACGUCGGUGCCUUGUGCUCCCUCCUUCAGGGCACCUCAAACCCGGCUGACCUCGCGGUUGAGGACACCUUCUACGGCUGGACGCCCAUACACUGGGCCGCUCACUUCGGAAAGCUGGAGUGUGUGAUGCGUCUGGUUCAGGUGGGCUCCGGCGUCAAUGCCGUAACCUCCAGGUUUGCACAGACGCCCACUCACAUUGCUGCCUUUGGAGGCCACCCCCAGUGCUUGUUAUGGCUACUCCAAGCUGGUGCAGAUAUAAACAGACAGGACUAUGUGGGUGAGACGCCCAUCCACAAGGCUGCUCGUGCGGGCAGUCUGGAAUGUAUCAAUGCUCUCUUGAUUCAGGGAGCAAAAGCUGAUAUAAGGAAUGCCAAUGGGCUGACUGCUGCUGACCUGGCCCACGCCCAGGGAUUCCAACAGUGUGCUGAGAUUCUCUCCAAUGCCCAGAACUUUCAACAAAACAUGGUUCAGUCUCAAAAUGGGACUUUUCUGAAUGGCCUGACCCAGAAUAGGGGCCAUGCUCACCCCAACAUCCAGGGGCGCAGCUUCUUGAAUGGUGUGCCUAACAGAAAGAGGUCAUUUGAUGGCAUGGAAGUCAACCCAGUGAAGAAGGCUAGACCUAAUGGUCUGGGCAUGCCUCCAGAAUUGCUGAAUGGGAAUGGACCACUGGGUGGCGCCGUAGAGGUCCAGAUGGAGAGCAUGAAUACGGAGUUGGCAGCGACUGUAACUUCAGUGGCAAGUGAGAGACAAGUUGAGGAUUUUUUCUCAAGUCUUCACAAUCAACCACAGCUUCCAUUUGGAUGUAACCCAGCAGCAGACAUCCUCCACACCUACAGUAACUCACCUGAGAUCAACAGCACUGCAGGCAGCCAGCUGGAGCACCAGAAGUCUGUGAAAGCAGAACAGUUGUAUGACCAUGCCCUCUUCACCACCAUGCUGCUUUAUCAUGGAUCCUAAAGUAUAAACAAUCGAGAUGACAGACUGCCUAUUGUUUAAGUUUUGUGUAAACUAAAAAAGUAUUAAUUUGCCUUAAAGCCACUGAGUGGUUCGGUCACAUAAUGAAAUUAUGUUGUUGUAAAGGGCAGGCUCAGUUUUGUAGAUGGAUCUGAAAUUUCUAUCUGAAGAUGAUUUGCGUUCGUGUUUGCUUAUAGUCUUAUUAAAGUUAAAAUUGAAUGAGCUAAAAAAUAGCAUGGUUCUGAUCUAUACUAAUGUGAGCAUUUCUAUGAACCACUGCCAUUACUUAAUACAAGUUUUCUGUCUACAAGAAGUGGGUUGAUAUUGCUUGAUAUUAAACAAAGCAAGUAUAUGCCAUGUUAAUAAAAUAAAACAUGCAAACACUAAA